CUUAAACUUGAAACCAUAGCGACCAAAAAUUCUCCUCUCUCUCAAUUCAUACAAAAAAAAAAAAAAAAAUCCUUUUUCUUCCAUCUUCUUCGAUUCGAUUGAUUUUUCGUCUGUAAAAAGAUGGCUUUCGUAAUAAGGCAUCAACAAAGUGGUGGUAGAAUGUAUUAUUGUUAUCAAUGUGAACGUACAAUUUCAAUUUCAGUAACAGCGUCUGAUUUGGUUUGCCCUAAUUGUAAUGGUGAGUUUAUUGAAGAAGUCGAAAACCCUAACCCUAAUCCAAGCCCUUUCUUGUCAUUCUCUGAAACUACUCAUCCUCUUGGUGGUGGUGGCGCUGGUGGUGGGUUUCCUAACCCGUUUGCUGGUAUUCCGCUAUUCUCAUCUGCUUCUACAACUUCUUCAAUGGAGUUUCAAAACCCUAUGAAUCUAUUUACUAUGCUUGAACAACCUAUGGAUGCAAGGAUCCCAACUCAGAAUCAAACCCAGAAUCAAACUCAGAAUCAAAACCGAUCGUCUUCUCAAAGUGGUGGUGGGUCUAAUGAUCCAGAUGUUUUUAAUCCUCUUAUGUUUUUUCAGAAUUAUAUUAAUAGUAUGGCUGGUGGUGGUGCCAAUAUUCAGUUUGUGAUUGAGAAUAAUCCUAUGGAUGGUGAGCUUGGUGGUGGUGGUGAUGGAGGGUUUGGUCUGCCAUCGAAUUUAGGGGAUUAUUUCUUGGGUCCUGGGCUUGAACAAUUGAUUCAACAGUUAGCAGAAAACGAUCCCAAUAGGUAUGGAACACCACCUGCUGCCAAGACAGCAAUUGAGAAAUUACCAACUGUGAAUAUCACUGAGGAAAUACUAUCAUCUGAUUCUUCUCAGUGUGCUGUGUGUAAAGAUGAGUUUGAAUUAGGGUCUGUUACUAAACAGAUGCCCUGUAAGCAUAUCUAUCAUCCUGAUUGUAUCCUGCCUUGGCUGGAGUUGCAUAAUUCUUGCCCUGUUUGUCGAUAUGAAUUGCCAACUGAUGAUCCAGAUUAUGAGCAGCGAAGUCGAGAAACUGCAGAGAAUCCUUCACGGGGUGGAGGGACUGGUUCUGGUGAUGCAGUGCCUAAUACCCCUAGAACAACUGAGAGGAGGUUUAGGAUUUCACUUCCUUGGCCACUAUUUGAACAGACACCAAGGGCAGGGACAAGUGGCAGUGGGGUUGACAAUACCAGCAACAACAACAACAAUGAUGGCAGUAGGAACCCGGGUAAUCAGGGAAGUGGGGAUGUUCAACCCAGCUUUGAAGAAUUGGAUUGAGGAUUUUAGUUUUGUUUUGUAGGAGAAGCUGAAUUUAUGGCACUCACUGGCGGAGUCAGGUGUCUUGCCAGCUUCUUUAUGCUUGGUGAACUUGAGAACAGGUUUUUCAGUUGUAGUUGCGGUACACACAAACCGUUUCUCUUCAUGUCUGUAAGUGGAUGAACAACAUGUAAGGAAAGGGUUAAUAUACACAGUUAAAUAUUGCGGUAGUUCAAAGUAGAGUUUAUGUUUCAACCAUCUGCGGAGUUUCUUUUGUAAUUUCAGCAUUCGUUAUGAAUGACGCUUUUUUUAGCCAUAUGCAUUUGUAUCGUUAUUGUUCAUAGCCAUCAAAUCGUAAAAUGUUUUCAGUUUGUGCUAUGAGCUUUCUUUCUCUAAUUUCGUUGGGUUUCUAUGAAA